AUGGACGUCGCCAAGGCCGCAGAGGCGGACGCCGAGAAGAUCGCCGCCGAGGAGGCCGCCAAGGGCGCAGCUGAGGGCGGCGCCAAGGGGCCUACCGGGGAGGCCGGCAAGGCUGCCGCUGAAGAGACCGGCAAGAGGCCUGCCGGAGAGGCCGGAGGGGCCGCUGCCGAGGAGGAGGAGGUGCCGGUGGAGGAGGGCAAGGUGGAGAGCGGGAAGACCAGGGGUGGCCUUUGUUCCGAAGGUAAACUAGACACCGAGUCUGGAGAAAUCGACGUAUCUUUGCCCGAAGACAAAGGCGAAGGAGAAGCAAGCAUCCUUUCUCCAUAUAGGAAGAAAAGGGCCGCCUCUGGAGGUUGGGAGGAACAGGCUCCCAAGAGGGGCAAGAUGCCAUCGUCGGGCGGCUCGGGAUUGGAAGGCGACGCCGUUGCACAGCUCCGCCGCGAGGACAAGCCUCCGACCAAAUCGUAA